AUGGGAUCAAGAAGCGACUCAGAAGAGCAGUUCACUUUGGAUACUAACUACGUGCCACCAGAUACAACGGACUUUGAGACUCAACAAGUCAUGGCAAGACUUGCGGCUAUUGAUGAGAACAAUGAUCAGCGUGAUGGUGGUGAUGAUGGAAACAAGCAAGGUCGCAAAAGAAAGCUGAUCAGUCUGGUCGAUUCAGAAGAGGAUGAUGACGUUGAAAUAACUCCAACAACCCAACCGAGGAAGCCUCCUAGAAAGACCAGUUUUGGAACAGCCUCGCAGAAACCCAUGUACCAGUCCACUCUGGAUGGAGGUAGUGGCUCUUCCGCACAGGCGUGUAGUCAGAAGAAGACUGUUCCUCUGAAAUCUGUGAUUCGUGGAGGGAGGAGAAAGGCAGAGCCUCGGGGCUCGUCUACUCUGUCGCGGAAAAACAAAGGACCGAGUACUCAGUCCCGGAAAAACAAAGGACCGAGUACUCAGUCGCUGAAGAAGAAGAGCAAGAUCCAAGAGGAGAUACCAGAUUUUGAUGAUGAACUACUAGAAGAUGAGUUGGACGAGGAUGAAGCCGGUGUAGAUGAAGCCGGUUUGGAUGUAGCUGGUUUGGAUGAUAUGGAGAGUAGGCAACGAUCAGAUGUGUGGAAGGAUUACACGGUGGUUGAAAAACGCAAUGGCACUAUGAAAGCUGUGUGCAAUCAUUGCAGGAAUGAGUAUGCAUGGUAUUCUCACUCGCAUGGAACAAGUGGGCUGAGAAGGCAUCGGUGGAGAUGUAAAAUGUAUCCAAGGAAUACUGGAAGGCAGCAACAACUCAAUACUGAAGGGAAAGUAGUAUCUCGCAAGUAUGAUCAUACUGUGUUCAGACAGAUGGUAGCAAAGACAAUAGUCCAGCAUGAUCUACCUUACGCGUACGUUGAGUAUCAGAAAGUUAGAGACACAUGGGCGUAUUUAAAUGCUGAUGUCCAAACCAUUUGUCGAAACACAGCGAGAGCAGAUGUGUAUCGAUUAUAUGAAAGUGAGAGAGACACACUCAAGAGGGAAUUAGGGAGUCUUCCUGGACGAGUGUCCUUCACAUCUGACUUGUGGACAUCAGUGAAACGAGAAGGAUACAUGUGUGUGACAGCACAUUACAUUGAUCGGAAUUGGAAGUUGAACAGCAAGAUCCUGACAUUUUGUGCUCUACCACCACCACAUACUGGUAUGAAUGUUGCUGUUCAGCUCCUUGAAUCACUGAAAGAGUGGGGAAUUGAAAAGAAGGUGUUCUCGGUCACACUAGAUAAUGCUACGAGUAAUGACUCGAUGCAGGAUAUUGUGAAAUCGCAGCUGAAUUUGAAUGAUGAUUUGUUAUGUGGAGGAGAGUUUUUUCAUGUGAGAUGUGCAGCUCACAUACUUAACCUCAUUGUGCAAGAUGGGUUGAAGGUUAUUGGAGACUCUUUGCAGAAAGUAAGAGACAGUGUUAAGUAUGUUUUAGGAUCGGAAACGCGUGAACAGCUGUUCCACAAAUGUGUGGAUGCUGCCGGUGUAGUAGAAGGUGGAUGGCUUAUACUGGACGUGCCGACAAGAUGGAACUCAACUUACUAUAUGCUUGAAAGAGCCAUCAAGUACCGUAAAGCAUUUGUUAAGUUAGAGGCAUUUGAUAAGAAGGGUUAUAAAACGGCGCCCACAGCUGAGGAAUGGACUAGAGCAGCCAAUAUUUGCGAUUUUUUGGGUUCUUUUGCUGUGAUCACAAGCUUGAUGUCUGGUUCGAAUUACCCGACAGCAAACUUGUUUUUCUAUCAGGUUUGGUUGAUCCAUGAUUGGCUUCGGAGAAAUGAGGAAAGCCAAGACGAGAUUGUCAGAAACAUGGUGCCACCGAUGAAAGAGAAGUUCGACAAAUAUUGGGACGAAGUCAGUGGUGUUUUUGCAAUGGCAGCAGUCUUUGAUCCACGGUUUAAGCUUUCUAUUGUCGAAUGUUGUUUAGGGAAGCUUGACAUGAGGACUCGUGAUGCAAAGGUGAAGAAUCUGCGUGACAAGCUGAGUAUUCUGUUUGAGUCAUACGACAAAAAAUCCAAGAAUAACUCGCCUUCCACUGAGCCUCGUGAGACUGCUUCGCAAAAAGCAUCUGACUCAGGGUCAAUGGGGCUGUUUAUGAACUACAAUGAUUUCUUUGCAUUUCGCCAAACCAGUGGCAUUGUGAGUGGAAAGACACCUCUACAAGCUUAUCUUGAAGAACCACCUUUGGACUUUACUAAUUUCCAAAGCUUGGACAUCCUCGAUUGGUGGAAAGAUAAUGCGCAUCGGUAUGGUGACUUGGCUGCAAUGGCAUGUGAUCUGCUAAGUAUUCCAAUCACAACAGUGGCUUCGGAGUCUUCUUUCAGUAUUGGAUCGCGAGUUCUGAAUAAAUAUAGAAGCCGUCUACUCCCAAAAAAUGUGCAAGCUCUCAUAUGCACUAGGAAUUGGAUCAAGGGAUACGAAUCUUAUGCACAUGAUGAAGAAGUCGAUGGUGAUGGUGAAGAAGAGAAUUUACCAUCAUUUGAGUCCAUUGUUGAUGGAGAAGGUGAAGAUGAGUAGAUCGCGAGUUUGAAAUGUUAUUUUGAUUUGGUGUUUUGCUUCAAUUACAAUUUAAGAUUUUUUAUUUAAAGUGCUUGGUUUUGUUUUGAGUACUGAUUUGGAUCAUUUGGUGUUUCUAUGAAAUUUACCUUGGUUGAAACUUGGCUUUUCAUCUUUAACAUGCUGUUGAACUUCAUGAACUUCAAAAACCAAAAAAAAAUCAAGAACAAUAACAAUAUAUGUAAAAUUUUGUUUUCAGUUCCAAUAAUAGAUUCAUGUCUUCACGUAUGAUGUAUCUUCACAUAGGGGAGCAGCAAGCAGUGUCGAGACACAUCCUUAUGCACUCCUUUUACGUUCAGCCCGCGGGACGGCUUGUAAGGGACUGUGAACAUGGGCGGUACGGGAUUAGGACGGCCUUUUGGAGACCGCAGCCCGCGCGGGAUGGGCCCGCCU